AUGGCGAUGGCGACAGCGGUGAGGGACGCGAUUGAGGCAGCUGUGGUGUUGCAGGCUGACAUGGGUAUGGCGGACGAGUACGAGAGCGUGGAGAGUGCGCAGGUGCAAGUGUGCGAGCUGUCGCGGCAUUUCUUCGAGAAGGGGUGGUGUGUCGGGACCGCUGGCGCGAUGAGCGUUCGGGCUGUCGCUGCCGCUGGGGCCAGUCCCGCAAAGCAGUUGGUCGUUGUGACGCCCUCUGGUGUGCCGAAGGAGCAGCUGGUUCCUUCGGACCUGCACCUGGUUCAAUUGGAUGGGACCGCGGUGCACACGCCGCCGCAACGUGCCAAGAUCAGCGACUGUGCGGCCCUGUUCCUUGAGUGCCACCGGACGCGGUUCUGUGCUGCGGUGAUCCACACGCACUCACAGAACGCGGUGCUCGUGUCACUGCUUCACGGGGACAGUUUCCGGAUCUCACACAUGGAGCAACUGAAGGCGCUCCCCGGUAAUGGUGGUGGUGGUGGUGCCAACUUGCAAUUCCAGGACGAGCUCGUCGUCCCGAUCAUCGACAACACGCCGACGGAGCACGAGCUUCUCCCGGCGUUGCAACGAGUGCUCUCGGAAAACCCUACAGCGUGCGCCGUGAUCGUGAGACGCCACGGACUGUUCGUCUGGGGGCCCACGACGCAGAAGUGCAAAGUGUACCACGAGUCUCUCGACUACUUAUUCGAACUGUCUCUGCGCAUGCACAUGCUGGGUGUGUAG